GCUGGGCUUCCCCAUAAUCACCCAGUGAACGAUAGGGCAAUGCGAGCUUCGCCAUCUUCUUCGCGGUUUACGAGAGUUUGAUUUCGGCGAACUGUCCCUUGAUAUAUGCAUUUUCUGCUAUCAAAAUCAGACACUGAUCGAAUUAACGAUGCUACCGCCCUCGUCACCCAUCGCAUUCCCCUCCAGCCCUCCCCCCCCAACCGCAAAACGACCUCGCGACUCCGAUGGCACAAAGUCCGCAAAACCCCGUGCUCUGGGUGGCUUCCUUGCCGACGAUGACUCCGAAUCCGACGACAAUGACAAGGUUUCUCUGGAACGAUCCCGUAAGCGACGAAUGCUACAGCACGAUAUCCAGACAGAUACCCAGACAACCGAGCCCCCGCUUCUCAGCCAGCUAGCGAUCGAUGAAGACCCCGAGGAAGAAACCGAACGUUACGAGCGCCUAUUCGGCACAAGGACAACAGCCUCGGCACUCCCUGCGACUCUGCUCAGCGACUUCCUCAACACACCGUCCUACCGCAUCUCGACAUGUUCCGGCAAAUCCAUUCCUCUCCGGGAGCGCAAACCGACAACACCAGUCUCCUACGAGACAAUGGUAGCAGCAAGAUCGCGCACAAAAGAAGGCCGAGCCAAAAAGAGCUAUUACGGAAUUGACAUCCACGAACUUAUCGACAACGCAACAAAGGAGAUUGCCGAGGCGCACAAAGUGGCCGCCACGGCUCCCAUCACCCCUCCAACAAACCCAGACAGACCUGUGCGAUCGGUCGAAGAACACACAACAAACACCAAGAAGCAGAAAAAGAGCCUAUUAUGGACAGAAAAAUACCGUGCCCGAACAUUCAUGGACCUCGUCGGCGAUGACUUGACCAACAGGCAGGUGCUUCGCUGGCUAAAGCGAUGGGAUCCAAUAGUAUUUCCACAUUCGGUGAAAAGUAAGCCUACACGGCGACGUGGCGUACAAGGGCAACAGCAGCAGCAGCCAGAGGAGGAAAAACCACACCGGAAAAUCCUCAUGUUGACGGGCCCGCCGGGUUUGGGGAAAACGACACUAGCACACGUAUGCGCGCGACAAGCCGGCUAUGAGGUUUUGGAGAUCAAUGCCAGUGACGACCGAAGCAAGGAUGUGGUCAAAGGGCGCAUCCGGACAAGUCUCGGAACGGAGUCAGUCAAGACGGUAGAAAACAAGAAGCCCGAGACGGGCAAACAGCAGAAGAUCGCUCGACCGGUAUGUGUGGUAGUUGAUGAAGUCGAUGGUGUCGUUAGUGGCUCGGGAGGGUCUGGCGAGGGCGGUUUCGUCAAAGCCUUGAUCGACCUGGUGCUCCUUGACCAAAAAAACAGUUCUGGGGCCGGGGCCUCUUCUGCCGCUGGCCGGAAAAAGAAGAAGGGGGAUGACUUCAGACAGAUGAGACCUCUUAUCCUGAUCUGUAACGAUGUUUAUCACCCAUCGCUUCGGCCGCUACGCCAAUCAGGCCUUGCUGAAAUCAUUCAUGUAGGCAAGCCCUCUGUAGAGGCAGUGGUCACUCGUCUCAAGACAGUCUUUGAGAAGGAGGGUAUCCCAUGCGAAAAGGAUGCUGCGCGCAAGCUCUGUGAGGCCGCAUGGGGAAUGACCAGUGGUAUCGAUGCCAAGCGAGGAGCCGAGGGCAAUGCCGAGGGUGAUCUCCGCGGCAUUAUGGUCGUAGGAGAGUGGGUUGCCGGCAGGUUACGCGCAACCAUUACCAGCACGCCGGUUCUUACAAGGCAGUGGAUUGACCAGAACAUCGUCCACGAUCUCGCUCACGGUGGUGGAGGUGCCCGCGGUCUAGGUCGCGGUGGCGUCAAAGAGAUUGUGAACCGUAUUUUCCAGGAAGGCGGUGGCUUCCCCACGCCACUUCUAUCACAAGCUGAGCAGCCAAAGUAUGCAAAGCACGAACAACCACAGACACAGCUCGGUUUUUCAGAGCAGCGGAAGAAGUACGCCAUGGCGCGGUUAAGGGAGAUGAUUGACACGAGCGGCGAGGUCGACCGUAUCAUGACCGAGAUCUUCAGCGAGUAUCCCAACCGCGAGUUCAAUGACGACUCCUUCCUCACCAAGCCUGACUCGGCGUAUGAGUGGAUGCACUUCCACGAUACAUGUUCAACGAGGCUGUACUCCAGCCAGGAAUGGGAGCUAGGCCAAUACAUCUCCCAGCCACCGUUAGCAUGUCAUCACUUGUUCGCCUCCCCUAAACGACAUCAGCCUCAGAACACCGAAAGGAAAUGGGGUGACAUGAUGGAAGAAGCCGAAGCACCUCCGUUGCCCUUUAGCGGUCCAAGAGCAAACUUUGAGGCACACGAGGCCGAGAAGGUGAACAGAGCAGCGUUGCAGGGACUACAAGGGCAACUACCUCCUAGUCUUUACCGUCUGUUCCGUAGCCCCGAGGAUAUCUCCACGUAUUUCCUGCCAUAUCUGGUCCGUCUGGUGUCUCCCGAUGUGAAGCCCGUCGUAGUCGGUGGCAGCGACAAGAGCGGGGCGGUAGCGAGUGUGAGGAGGGAAGGCGAGAAGGCUAUGGUCAGGAGAGCGGCUCAAAUACUAGCUGAGGUUGGCGUCGCUUUGCAAAAGGGCAAGAUUGAGCCGGAUCCAGCAGUUGGGCAACAGUACCGGACACAAUGGGUUUAUCGCAUGGAACCAGACCUCGACACGCUCGCAACCUUUGAGACAGCGGGCGCCCUCGUCCUAGCCUCCCAAGCGCCAACGCGAUAUGCAGUCCGCCAAGUUCUAGACCAAGAGCUGCAAAAGACCAUCGCAAUACGCGAGAACGCCGCCAGGCAAGCGCGCAUGAACAACGGGCAGACUGCUAACUCUACCUUCAAGCCUCACGCGGCUGCUGCUCCUUUCAACGCCAUGGACUUUAACGCUAACAAGGAAAAUACGGCAAUGGUGGCCGAUCAAAAGGAAGUUAAAAGAGACUUCUUUGGCCGUGUGAUUGUGUUGGGUGAGAAGAAGGGGAAUGCUACCGCUGCCGCUGCCGCUGGCGGGGGCGAUGGUAAGGAAAGCAAGAGGAAGGGGAGAAGCGACGUGGCUGGUGAUGAGAAGGACAUCAGGGUGUGGGUCACCUAUCACGAAGGGAUCAAUAAUGCUGUUCGGAAACCGAUCUCGUUGGAGGAGUUCAUGAGAGGGUUCUGAUGUUAUUGGGUUUGCGCUUCUUGGAGAGGGUCGCUGUCCGCUGCCCCUUUAGAUCAACUACACGACAUGCUGUGGUUGACAGGUAGUAUUCUUAGCAAUGCAGACGCGCUGGCAUUCCCUUCUUGGAUCUCUCUUCUCCUCUCCUUUCAUCAGCUGACGUGGUUUUGGGCUGGUAAGGCUGGAACCGAGUUGGGGCCCUUUUGGGUUGCUUUUUUGCUCUCUCGCAAUUUGUUUUUAUAAUUCCCUUUUCC